AUGGUACCUAUUACUCAUGUUUAGUGUUAAACAGUAUUAGUUUUUAGUAAAUUAAUUGUAAAUAGUGAUAAAAUACGUGCUUAUGUAUAAAUAAACUUGUUUGCGUUAUUGUUUCUAAAAUUUUAAGCCAAAAUGCAUCGACGUCGGGGACCGAACUUUACCUAUGUCAGUGGAUGCGUGAAAUAUAUGAUUUUUGUUUUGAAUUUUAUAUUUUGGUUAUUUGGUGGACUCAUGAUAGCUAUUGGACUCUACGCAUUCAUUGACAAAUGGCAGGCGACUGGAUUAAUAAAGCUGGACACGAUAUACGAUGUAAUGCUAAACAUCAGCCUCCUGAUCGCAUUGCUGGGUGGCGUCGUGUUCAUCGUGAGCUUCGCGGGUUGCGUCGGCGCGUUGCGGGAGAACACAUGUCUCCUCAAAUUCGUAAGUUAACGAAGUGUUCGUAAAAAGUAAAGUUGCGGUCUAUAUGUCUCACUGCUCAAGUAUCCUCUCAUUUCUGAGAUGGUUCUGCAGUAAUAAGUCUAUUGUGCUCAUUCACUGCGUGAUGGUGGACUUCAGGUUUUCAAAAUAUUGUUUUCAAAAUAUUUUUAUAUAUUUUGUAAGCGAAAGAGGAGCAUCCUCAGAUGCACUUAUGAUGGGUGGCGCAAAUAUGCGUGCGUUACAACAUAAAGUACAAGAAAAUAUAAUAAACAGAUCGUUAGCAAUUUGUUGCAAAAAUAUAGUACGCUUCCACGAUGAUGUUUCUUUCAAAAAUCCUAUAAAACAACAACAAUUGCCACGAUGCCACAGAUACCGACGCUUCGUUAGAAUAAAACUUUCAUCUGGCCAGUAUUUAAUAGACGUGCCGACAUAUUUAUUUAACUUCAUAUACACUUUAAUGUAUAUCCAUCCAUCAAUCCAUACAUUACAGCCUAUAAAAGUCCACUGCUAAACAUAUACUAUACAUGUAUAUGUAUAAUACGAGUAGUAAGUAAGGCUUCUACUUUUAUUUGAAAUUAUCCUAAAUUGAAUUUAUAAACAUUUUCUCCUUUCCCCGGGGAUAAAAUUGUCUCUUGCCCAUGUUAGCCCUGCAGAAGUGGGAUUAAAUGUUUUAAUUUCAAGCAAUAUUUUAACUAGAAGGUAAGUUACUUUCGUCGUAAUACAAAUAAUCGUAGUGCAAAUAGUAGUAAUAUAAAAGCUAACGACCCACCCAGGCAUCGUAGGGACCUGGAUAGGAUUUAUUAAUGCGGCAUUAGAUUUAAAAUAAUUUUAGACCAUUUGACAAUUUACUAAUAUUUCGAUUUCUCAAAAAAUCUCCAAGUUUUUCGGAUAAAAUAUAACCUAGAUUACUACCACCUGUCCUAUCCACCUGUGUAUUCAAGUUUUAAUUAGCGUAAUUAAUCGCAAUAAAUGACAGUUAUUUCGAUUUUAUAGACCAGACUUUUCAGUUUUAUAUAAAUACUAGCGAUCCGUCGGGCUUCGCACGGUUGAUUUCUUGAUCUCUACAACAACGCCACCUACCAGGUCCAAUUGUAAAUAUCUAAUCAACUUAAUCACAUAUAAUCAAAAAAAUCGAACCUGCCGUUUAGGAGAAGUUCAGUCACAUACACACGGACAGAAGAAAUGUAUAAUAUGCAUGUAUUAUGUAUUAUACAUAUAAAACUUCCUCUUGGAUAAUUCUGUCUAUUGAUGAAAAUCGCAUCAAAAUCCGUUGCGUAGUUUAAAAGAUCUAAGCGUACAGACGGCGGGAAGCGACUGCUUUCUACUAUGUAGAUUUUUUUAUAUAUAGGGUGACAAACGAGCCACAAUCCUACUAAUGGUAAGUGGGUACUGUGGCCCUACACAUUUAUCCUCAGUUAAGAAUCAAAUUUGACGGCUCCGUGGCGCAAUGGCUUAGCAAUAAAUUGUUGCGCUGGGGGCCGCGGAUUCGAAUCCCGCACGGAACAAGUAUUUGUAUGGCCUACAAAUAAUUGUUUCGGGUCAGGAUGUUUAUCCUCGUGCAAUCUAUGUUUGUAAACUGCCUCCACGAUACAGGAGAAAAUCCUAGUGUGCGGGUAACGUUUU